GGCUCAGCAUUGGUUUGGAUUAGGGCACUCUGACUGAGCCUGACUGAGCCAUGGGCUCCAUGGGCUCUUGUCUCUGCCAACCUGUGGAGGAGGAUCACGUUUGCUUUGAUGCUCUCGAGGAGGACCGACCUGAAGAGAGCGUGAAGGUUGAGGAUGCACUCCGAUUUUUAAAACUCUUUGAUCCGCAGAAGACAGGCUUUCUCCCACGGCAGACCAUUGCCACGAUCGUGCAGCUUUGCAGCAGGCUCUCAGAAGAGAAGUUGGAGGAGAUACUGAAAGGUGCACCCUCCAAUAGCCGAGGAUUCGAGUACAGCUACAUCGUUCCCUUCAUUUUGUGGCCCGAGGUCCCCAUCUAUGACUUGGAAGAUCCAAAGUCUUUGGCAAAAUACCUGCUCGAUGCAGACGUUCGUCUGGUGAGGGCUCCGUACUUCUACAAGUUGCUCCAGUCAAAUAGAUGCAUGCCGCGGCGCCAAGAGGCGGAGCACGACAGCUGCGAGGUGAACGGCGAGAAGGUCUCGGCAUUGGUCUCGCACGAGGAAGUGGCCGAAUGGGCUUUGGGUCGACGUGAUGCGUUAGUGUGCUCAGUGUCUCACGCAUGGGAAUCAAGGGAGCACCCGGAUCCCUGCAACUUUCAAUUGCAGAAUCUUGUGGACAGUGUAGCGUUGUGGGAUGCUGCGUUUGUCGACGACGUUUGGUUGUUUUACGAUUAUGUGUCUUUGUAUCAAUUCCAACGCGACACAGCUGAGCAAGAGGCGAGUUUCCGGCGAGCGAUGUCCAAUAUGCACAUGAUGUACGCUCAUCAGAGCACUCUGACAUUCCGCCUGGAAUGUCUCACACCUGCUGAUACCUGGACUGCUAGGAAAGAGGAUUCAACGUACAAGGUGCCGAUUUACCAUUUGCCGAGCAAUUCGAUUGCAUGGGUUCCACUCAGUGAGCUGAUGGAAAAUUUUGCUUUUUACCUGGAUCGCGGCUGGUGCCGCGCCGAGAUCGAAUGGUCUGCAGCACGGGGCAUUCCAGCCCAGAAUAUUGCGAUCGAUGGUGAGCCCGGCAAAGAGGUCACUGUAAAGAUGGUGCCCACAGCGCCCGAAGUGUUUGGAAAGCGCAUGACCACAUCGGCCUUUACGCAUCGCAACGAUGCGUCAACCGUUGUUGAUCUUCAAAGGAAGAUCUUUCACCAAAAAGUCACCGUGAGAAAGCAUUUGAAGCUGGAGCACUUGACCCAAGCCGACAUGGUUGAGCUGGCCGCUUCACUGCCUUACUUCCCGCAGCUCAAAGUGUUGGACAUCUACAUCUUCCAAGCCGGUGAAGCGGAGGCCAAGGCCUUUUUCGAGGUGCUUAGCUCCAUGAAGCUGGAGAAGCUGAGUCUGACCUAUGCGAGGAUGGCACUCGAUGUCGGCUCACUCGAUGUCGCCACCUUCGCCUCGAUGAUCGAGCUCAGCUUCGAGUCCUGUCACAUGGGCAAUCGGCUCGCUGAGGUCAUCGCAGAAGUCUUGAAGACUAACAGGACGCUCACCAGGAUCAACCUGAAGGGUAAUCAGAUCACAGACGAGGGCGUGAAGGCAGUCGCUGAUGCCAUGGCCUACAACACCACAGUGACCGACCUCGACCUUAGGUACAAUCAGGGUAUUGAUUCUGAUGUGGGGAAGCAGGCAAUACGGUUACUUGAAGAACGCCUUGAGGGAAACAGAGCAGCUGCAGAGGCUGCUGAGGCCAAGAGGAGCAGAAUCAGGGGAGAUCACCGUGCAGAUGGCCGUGCAGACAAAUUUCCUGGACGCCUGCGCAUCCAGGCUUUGGCCGACAAAUUGACGCAUGGUGGCACCCUGAGCAAGCUCAGUGUCUUUAACGCAAACCUUGGGGACGCCGUCAUCCAGGUGUUGAUUGAAGCCCUGCAACACAACCGCAGCGUCACCGACGUCAACCUUACCAAGAACAACAUCACCUACAUCGGUGCAAAGGCGUUGGCUCAGAUGCUGACAGUGAACCUUAACAUUACGCACGUUUACCUUGGGGGAAAUCAAAUUGGCGAUGCCGGCACGGAGGCCCUGGCACAGAUGCUGAAACAGAACCGCAGCAUCACCAACAUCAACCUGCAUGCCAAUCAAAUCGGCUCUGACGGUAUCCAGGUGCUGGCUGAGGCACUGCAGGAGAACGACGCCAUCCUUGAGAUUUCUCUUCGCGAAAUUGAAUAUCACCCUCGGCGACUCCUUUCCCCCAAUCCCUUCGAGGAAACGGACGAAGGGCGCCAGGCAUUGGACCGAAUCAAAAAGCGUUGCGAGGCCAAUCGAGAGGCAAGGGCAACUGCUGACAUUAAGAAACUUGUGGAAGAGCUGAAAACCGGGGCCAAGACGGAGAUCAAUCUUCGGAACCACUUCAUCGGGGAUGCCCACGUCCAGGCGCUCUCAAAAGCGCUGAAGAUCAACAAGAGUGUCACCCGCAUCAACCUGGAACAAAAUCUAAUCCAAGAUGCUGGGGCACAGGCUUUGUCUGAGGUGCUGAGGCACAACCGCUGCAUUACCCACAUCAACCUUUCAUGCAAUGAAAUCGGCCUGGUCGGUGCCAAGGCCCUGGCCAACACCAUGCAGAAGAACAAGACCAUCCUUAACAUCAACCUUAGUGCGAAUCCUUGGACACGAAUGGACGGAGCACAGGAGGUGUGGUAUCGAAUUGAGAAGUGGAGCAGGGCAAACCAAGAGGUACAGGCAGCUGCUGCUUUUAAGAAACUUGUGGAAGAGCUGAAAACCGGGGCCAAGACGGAGAUCAAUCUUCGGAACCACUUCAUCCGGGAUGCCCAAGUCCAGGCGCUCUCAAAAGCGCUGAAGAUCAACAAGAGUGUCACCCGCAUCAACCUGGAACAAAAUCUAAUCCAAGAUGCUGGGGCACAGGCUUUGUCUGAGGUGCUGAGGCACAACCGCUGCAUUACCCACAUCAACCUUUCAUGCAAUGAAAUCGGCCUGGUCGGUGCCAAGGCGCUGGCUGAUUCAGUGCAGCAGAACGACGCCAUCCUUGACAUCAACCUUGAAGUUAAUCCCUGGAGGCACCAUGAUGUAAAGGGCCAGGUGCUGGAGGGAAUCAAGGAGCAAUGCAAGGCAAAUCGAGCUGCUGCAGAGGCCAGAGCAAAAGUGCCGGAUGAGCCUGCCACAGAACAUGUCAGCCCUUGAAAAGCUCGGCAGUUUCAUUUGGUCUCACCAGGCUUCCAGGGUGCACAGGCCAAAAAGAGAGGGCUGCCGCUUCCCAUGCUGCAAAGAAACGACUGAUCUUGAAAUCUGAUGACUCAUGAC